UUAACUAUCCCUUAAAUAAUGCACAACACCUUUCCUUCCAAAAAAAAAAAUAAUAUUCCAAAGCAUUUAGGUAUAAAGAUCACCAACAUCUUUCCACAUUCACAUUUGAAACAUCCUCCCUAUUUCUCUCACAUCCACCGUUCACUUCUCCAUCCUUCACCAAAAACAUCACCUCAUCGUACCGCUGUAAAUCCCCUCUCACCAACCUUCCCGCUUCUUCCUUCUCUCUCUCUCUCUCUCCUAAAACCCUUGUUAAACCCUGCACAACAACAAUCAACCUCUGCAACUUUAAACGGUUAAACCCCAACUUCUUCCCUCAAAAAACCCCCAAAAAUUCUUCAUCAAUCACUACAAUUUCUCAUUUAAAAAACAUUGAUCAUGUCGGAAUCACUAAGAAUAAGUCUAUCAAAUAAUCCUAAAGUUUGGAUUAUGAUCGGCGUAGGAGUUGCAGGGAUCGCAAUCGUAGUUUCUAGAGAGAGAAAUCGAAGGAGAGAGAAGAAGCUUCUAAAACGUCAAGAUUUCGGCGCUUUUAUUGAACGCUUCCAGAUUCUUCCAUUUCCUCAGCCUCCUCCUCCUGCUGCUCCUCUUCCUCUCCAUGGCCUCACCUUCGCCGUCAAGGACAUAUUCGAGAUAAAGGGGCGAAUAACCGGGUUCGGAAACCCGGAUUGGAAGAGGACGCAUGAAGAAGGAGAGAAGACGGCGUUUGUCAUUACAAGCUUGUUGAAGAAGGGAGCUACUUGUGUGGGGUCCACUGUUUUAGAUGAGCUCUCAUUUGGGAUUACUGGAGAAAAUGUGCAUUAUGAAACUCCUAUCAAUCCGUCGACACCACAUCAUAUUCCUGGGGGGUCAUCUAGUGGCUCAGCCGUAGCAGUUGCUGCAAAGCUUGUUGAUUUUGCAAUUGGUACUGAUACAAUUGGGUGUACAAGAAUUCCAGCAUCAUUUUGCGGUAUUUUUGGAUUUCGCGCAUCUCAUGGGGCUGUGUCUAUGGAUGGAGUCCUGCCAAAUUCUCAAAGUCUUGACACUAUUGGAUGGUUUGCUCGGGAUAUCUCAGUUUUGCACCGCGUUGGACAGGUCUUGCUCCAGUUAAAGGCUGAGCAUAGGAGGUCAAGGCGCUUCGUAGUUGCAGAUGAUCUGUUUGAGCUUUCAAGAGUUUUGAAGCCUAAGGCAUCACAUUUUGUGAAAAAGACGACAGAAAAUCUUUCUGGAUACCAGAGUCCCAAGAACGUAAAUAUUGGCCAGUAUAUUGCAUCAAAUGUCCCUAGUCUGAAAGUAUUUUGUGAGAAGUCUUCAAAUAUGCAGAGUGGAGUAGAAGCUCUCAAAGCUCUUUCUUCGGUUAUGGCUUUACUUAAUAGAUAUGAGUUUAAAACAAAUCAUGGAGAAUGGAUCAUGUCGGUGAAGCCAAAGUUGGGGGCAGAUGUAUCUCAACGUGUUCGUUUAGCAAUUGAUUCACUUCCUGAGGAUGUAAAAGUUUUAUAUAAAGCGAGGGUCGAAUUACGCGCUGCGUUGCAGAAUCUUUUAAAGGAAGAUGGAAUACUUGUUCUUCCUACAAUAGUUGAUCAUCCCAUCAAACGCAACUCAAGAAAAGGUCUGUCUGCUGAGUUUUAUGAUCGAGCACUAGUUUUGUCCAGCAUAUCAAGCAUGUCAGGUUGCUGUCAGGUCACAGUUCCAUUGGAAGAGCAUGAUGGUUUCCCAACUUCAAUUUCAUUUAUUGCACUUCAUGGAGCUGAUAAGUUUUUGCUUGAUACUGUGUUGGAUUGCUACUCAACACUUCGAGAACAAGUGAGACUUGCAUCUGAGUCCAUGCCACUGCCAGAUGCUAAUGGUGACCUGGAUGCUUCUGAACUGUUGAAAGAGAAGGGUAAUGAUGCAUACAAGGGAAAACAAUGGAAUAAGGCUAUCAGCUACUACGGUGAAGCUAUUAAGCUCAAUGGGAUCAAUGCAACUUACUAUUGCAACCGAGCCGCUGCACUCUUGGAAUUGGCGUGCUUCCAGCAAGCUGAGGACGAUUGCACAAAAGCUAUAUCACUUGAUAAAAAGAAUGUCAAGGCAUAUUUACGAAGAGGGACGGCUAGAGAGUCACUUCUCCGAUAUAAGGAGGCUGCUGAAGAUUUCAAACACGCGCUUGUUCUUGAGCCACAUAACAAGGUUGCCAGUCUUGGAGAAAAGCGGUUGAAGAAGCUCAUGAGUUAAUGUGAUUUUACAAGUCUAUCUUUCACUGAUUCUACUUCCAUCAGAAGGCAAAACAAUUAUGAGAAAUAAGAGAAGUAAAAGAAUAGAAGGGAAAGAACAUGGUGUUUAUACACAAUUAGUUUAUAGAUAUAUCUGUUAUCCUUAUAAUUUGUGUAUAAAAUUUUGAAUAUACGAAUGAUGUGAGAUCAUUUCACAAGUUUUUGGCGAAAUAUUAGUUUUAGGCAAUUUGGAGGCAAGGUUCCUUUUUAGUUUUUAAAUGGACGAAGAUACAGUUGUGUACAUGCUGAUUGAUGUAAUGAAUAUGUUUCAAGGGAGAGGGUUUGAAGAAGUCGACUCCCAUUAUGUGGCCAA